AUGUUUCUAGCAACACUUUUUGGUUGGAACGAAGGUUGCUCACAACCAACACAUCGCAGCACAGAGGAACUUGUAACGGAAACCCUUAUGGUGGAGCUUAGCUCCCAUGUGAAAAGACUGGAAAAAAUGCAACGUGAACGCAUAAUGGAGUACCAUAAGUUGAAGGCAGGAGUGGAUUACAGCUGGCUCAUUACUUUGCCCCGUCAGGGGUAUGAAAUUGCACCUGGGGAGAUGUUGGAACUCAGGGAUAUCUGCUCCAAAAUCAAACCUGCCCAGUGUGGACCAGUCAUUCUCAGGUUUCGUAAACUAGUAACAGAAUAUGAGCCUGAAGUUUAUGAGCUGUCACGGAUUUUCCAUUCAGUACUACAGGACUUUAUUGAACAAGAAGAAAAAGAUGAAGCACGUCGUAUGAUGGACUAUCGCUUCCAAAAGCAGCGAGCUAAGAGUCUUGCUUUUGUUGGCUUAAAGUCUCGACUAAAGAUUAACCCAUUUAAAAAUGAAGCCCAAACAAUCUCAGAAACAGAACCUGGUUUGACAGUGGCUCGCAGAACCAGGAGUAUGCCUGAAUUCAACACCUCGGAAGUGAUGUGA